AUGAUGGCAAUGACAGCAUGGAAUCGCUGCGCGGCCGCGUCCGCCGCUUGCGCCGCGCCGGCCCCCGCAUUCGGCGCCGCGCGGUGGUGGUCAUCCGCGGGCGACGCAGGCGGCGAGGGCAGCGGGCAGCGCCGCGGCAAGUGUGCUGAAGGGCGGGCUUCGCCGGACGACGAGCCGCAGCUCUUCAUCCGCCAGCUGCAGGAGGCUGGGGAGCAGGGCGAUCUUGCGCGGGUGUUUGACCUGGUUGAGGGGCGCGGCGAGGACAUUGACGAGGAGGGCGUGGAGGUGGCGCUGGCACAGGUGGCGCACUGCUCCCAGCUCAUGAAGCUGGUGGGCGACCAGCUGGAGAGCGAGGUGCAUCACAAGCAGACGUUCCAGACCCUCGUCGACAUGGCGGCCCAUGGUGCAAAGCGCUUCAGCGCGCCGGCCAAGGCACGCAUCGUGUCUCUCCUGGGCGGGCAGCUCAAGUGGCGCGAUGAGGUGGCGCUGGACGAGCUCGGCCGCUCCCUGAUGGCGGGGGUGCAGGACCUGGGACCCACCCACCUGAGCCUGCUGGUGGGCGGCCUGGCGGCCGCGGGCCACUCCCCGGGCGUGCUGCUGCUGGACGCCGUGAGGGACCGCAUCAGAGAGCUUGGGCCUUCAGAGGUCCCCGCGCAGCAGGGGUGA